AUGAGUUCUGCAGCAAACACUGACUUUCUGGUGGUCGGAUCUGGACCGGCUGGGGCUGCCCUAGGAGCUUUUCUGGGGCAGAAUGGCCUUAAGGGGUUGGUCAUAUCCAGUGCCUCGUGCACGGCGGAUACGCCUAGAGCACAUGUAUUCAACCCAUUUGGGAUGGAAUGUCUGCGGGACCUCGGACUGGAAGAUGAUGCUUUGAGCCAAGCCACGAGGGGCCAACCCAUACAGGCUUUUCGAUGGUGUCGCAGUAUGGUCGGCGAGGAAUAUGGAAGAGUCUACUACUGGGGCUCAAGCCCCGACACAAUGGGGGAUACCAAUGUAGCGUCCCCUUGCGAGUGGACAGAUCUUCCACAGAGUUAUCUAGACCCGCUCCUGGUCAAGUUCGCCUCCCAUCAUGGCUUCGAAAUGCGCUUUUCCACCAAGCUCGUUGGCGUGAGACGUGCAUCUAAUUUCUGGGCCUGCGAAAUCCAGGAUUUGGUUACCAACAUCAAAUUUGAACUCCGUGCCAAGUAUAUUUUCGGUGCCGAUGGAGCGCGAAGUACGGUAGCUCGGUCGUUAAACUUUGAGUUUACCAAGACUGCAGGUGGGGGUGUUGCCUGCAACAUUCUUCUGAAAGCCGAUCUUGACCACAUCAUGCACCCGGCGCGGCAAGCAGACCUGCACUGGAUAAUGAAGCCAGAUCAAAAGACGAGAUUUGGAAUUAGCCCAACUCUCCGAAUGAUCAGACCGUGGAAACAAUGGAUGUUGAUCGCCUUCACUCCAGGAGCGACCGAAGAUCCAUUCAAAGACUUGACACCAAAGAGUGCCGAACUGAUAGACUACAUCAGAGAACUCAUUGGUGACGACUCUGUGGAUAUUGAAGUUCAGAGACUUGAUCCGUGGGUAAUGCGCGACAGCGUUGCAAUCAAAUUCUCUCGGGAACAAAGCGCAUUUAUCCUGGGUGAUGCCGCUCACCAUCAUCCGCCAGCAUUCGGGCUGGGAAGCAACACUUGCAUUCAGGAUGCGUAUAAUCUUGGGUGGAAGAUUGCUUACGUUGAAAAGGGUCUGGCGGGCAGGGGGCUCCUAGACUCCUAUGAUGCUGAGCGACAGCCUGUUGGGGCAAACGUCGUCAAAGAUGCCACCUACGGGCUCGGGUUACAUUCUAGCGUUUGGGAAGCGCUCGGAAUGUUUGCUGAGACACCAGAGCAAGGAAUGCAGUAUAUCACAGACCUGUCUAAGGGGACGCCGGAAGGUGCAGCUUCUCGAGCGAGAUUGCAUGCCUCUUUGGAAGGCAUGAGACUAGAAGCCGAGAGUCUGGGUGCUACUGGGAAUCAGUGGUACAUAUCCAACGCUGUUUUUCUGGAUGACGAGAGCGGGCCGAGACCACCACUCAAAGGAAAUCGCUUGGUUCAAUUUCACGUCAGCACAUAUCCGGGCACACGUCUUCCACAUGCAUGGCUGGACCAAUGGUCAACGCGUAGGAAGAAGGUCUCCACCCAAGACAUAGCUGGCAAGGGCUCGUUCUGCCUCUUGACUGGACAUGGGGGAGAUGCCUGGAAACAGGCCGCGGAUAAGAUCUCUCAAAACACGGGCAUACCAAUCAACAGCUACGGCAUAGGGUUCGGCCUUGACUACCAUGACGUUUAUCGAGAAUGGUAUACCAGACGGGAGAUAGAAGACGACGGAUGUGUGCUUGUUCGCCCGGACAGGUUUGUCGCAUGGCGAUCAAUGAAGAUGGUCCCAGACUGUGAGAGCAAGCUUUCAAGCGUUUUGGACCGGAUACUGUCAAGAGACGAGCUGUCGUAG